AUGGCCAACCUCUCGGUCCCCCACGAUUACACUCUCUCCCCGGCUGAGGCAACUCCCCAUCUGACCAUCAAUCACGAUGUGGCCGCCGAUCUAGACUCGAGCAAUGCCUUCGAGGGCCCCGAGAAGCUCCUCGAGGUCUGGUUCGCCCCUGGCCCCGAGGCCCUGCCUGCGAGUGCUCAGCCUAAUGGACUGAAGGCCGUCUCCGCUGACACUUGGGUUACCAUGCUCGAUAUGGUCAACUGCAAGAUCCUGUCAGUCCUCGAGUCCGAUUCUGUUGACGCCUACCUGCUGUCCGAGUCUAGCUUGUUUGUCUUCCCCCACAAGCUCAUUCUCAAGACCUGUGGCACUACUACCCUGUUGCUGGGCCUGCAGCGGCUGCUCCACAUCGCUGCCGAGCACGCCGGGUUCCCCUUCCACAAUGCUAAGGAGGCGACCAACGUCAAAGCCGCCGCGACCCCUUACCGCGUCUUCUACAGCCGGAAGAACUUCUUGUUCCCCGACCGUCAGCAAGGUCCUCACCGCAGCUGGAAGCAGGAGGUUAAGUACUUGGAUGACAUGUUUGAGGGUGGCAGCGCCUACAUGGUCGGCAAGAUGAACGGAGACCACUGGUAUCUAUACAUCACCUCGCCGAACCAGACUUUGACGCCCCCUCGUACUCCUGAGGAGAAGGAGGUUCCUCUUGGGUCCGCUGUUAAGAUUCCCACUGGCAGCGUCGCCAGCUUCAGCAGCGGUGUCGAGGAACACAGCGACGAGACGCUGGAGAUUCUCAUGACCGAUCUUGACCCUGAGAAUGCGAAGCAAUUCUAUUUGUCGCACGCGAGUGCGGUCGCUAGCGACAAAUCGCAUUUUCAGCAAACUCAAGCUGCUCGGGACAAUGCCCACCAAAGCUUGGGCGACCUUUCCAACGUUCAUGAGAAGACGGAUGACGAACCUGUCGAUGUUUUCAGCAACAUCGGCGACUCGGACCUCAACGACAACGACCGCGCCACGAUUGAAGCCUUGACGACUGAGGGCCAUGCCCUAGGUACCGUUGUCUCGAAAGGUUGCGGGUUGUCGGACGUUUAUCCCACGAGCAAGUACCCAGGCGCUCGUGUCGAUGCCUACCUUUUCAGCCCCUGUGGAUUCUCCGCCAACGGUGUCGUCCCUGCUAUCAAUGAUGAAGAGGAUGCUUCUAAGAGUGAGAAGGGCGCCAACGCGGCUCACUACUUUACUGUCCAUGUGACCCCUGAGCCCAACUGCUCGUUCGCUUCUUUCGAGACUAAUGUGCCCGGUGGCCAGAGCGGUCGCACUACUGCGGAGAUCAUUGAGCAUGUCGUGGAAAUCUUCAAGCCCGGUCGCUUCAGCGUCACACUCUUUGAGGCCAAGGGCAAGAGUGCCAACCCUUAUGGCAUGGGCGACUAUGUUGCUUCACGGACUACUGCUUCUCAGCGUCUUGUUGAUCCUGUCCGGGGAUACCGUCGCAUUGACCGCAUCGUCCACGACUUUGAGGAUUAUGACCUCGUGUUCCGUUUCUACGAGAAGGAGGACUGGGCAGGUGACCGUGAGGCCCGCCUGGGUGAGCUGAUUUAG